GGGGUCCCGUAAACAUCUGCACAGGCGAUCGAAAGCAAACGCAUCAUCGAACAAUACACGACAUAACGGAGUCGGAUCUUUGCUUUAGCAUUUGCGAUUGAGGCUCCUUCCUCCUAACCUUCAUCUCACUCGAGUAUUUGUUUCUGCUUAGAUUUUCCUAGAAAUAAUUGCAUACGAGCCAACGGGGUUUUUACGCGCGUUCGAGAGGAAUCCCCUCGUUGAAUGAUCGGCCCCCCUUAACGCCUUCAAGAUGUCCGCAGAUGCAGGAGCUUCUUCGAUAUCGGUCACUGGUAUGUGAACAGGUCUUCUAUACUAACCGAGUUCAACGAUCUAAUGACUCACAGUUCGGGUUCGUCCCUUUACAAUCCGUGAAGCAGCUCAAAUGUACUCGGGUCCCGUAUCCCGAUUUUUCUACAACAGCUGACUGUUCAUAGCACAAAAUCAGAUGGCGGACAGCUUUUUCUUGGAGAUGGAUCCCUCGCGGGUAUUCCAACCCCAAAACUUGGGCAGAAGGGCAUCAGACCAGUAAUCAAGGUGCUGGACGACAAGUGUUUGUAUGUAAAGCCCUUUCCGUUAGGAAUCUGCCAAUUGACUUUCCCAGAAUAUUCGACCCCCCAGAAGACAAUCCAAUCCAAAGAUUUUCGAGAUCGGUGGUUCCAAAUAUGGGCAAGAGGGUGAAGGAUCAACAAUUUGCGUUCGACCGAGUCUUCGACGAGAAUACGACACAAGCAGAGGUAUACGAAGCGACGACAAGAGGGUUGAUGGAUAGUGUUAUGGAGGGAUACAAUGCGACAGUUUUUGCUUACGGCGCAACGGGUUGCGGAAAAACACAUACAAUUACUGGAACUGCUCAGCAGCCUGGGAUUAUUUUUCUCACGAUGCAGGAAUUAUUCGAGAAGAUUUCUGAACGAUCCGACCUCAAACAGACCGAAGUUUCAUUAUCAUACCUGGAAAUUUAUAACGAGACGAUCCGUGAUCUUCUAGUGCCGGGUGGAAGUAAACAAGGGUUGAUGCUCCGCGAGGAUGCCAAUCAAACUGUAUCUGUAGCUGGCUUGACAAGUCACCACCCUCGAGAUGUUCAAGAAGUUAUGGAUAUGAUUGUGCAAGGAAACGAGUACCGGACAGUGUCUCCAACUGCGGCAAAUGCCACAUCCUCCCGGUCGCACGCGGUACUUCAAAUCAAUGUUGCACAAAAAGAUCGAAACGCGGAUGUCAACGAACCACACACCAUGGCGACGUUGAGUAUCAUUGAUUUGGCAGGUAGUGAGCGUGCUAGUGCGACGAAAAAUCGUGGAGAGAGACUUCUCGAAGGAGCAAAUAUCAACAAGUCUCUAUUGGCACUUGGUGGUUGUAUUAAUGCGCUCUGCGAUCCGCGAAAGAAAAAUCAUGUUCCGUAUCGAAAUUCCAAACUCACCCGACUAUUGAAAUUCUCAUUAGGGGGAAAUUGCAAAACAGUUAUGAUCGUUUGUGUCAGUCCUUCAAGCGCCCAUUUCGAUGAAACCCAAAACACGUUGCGCUACGCCAACAGAGCCAAAAAUAUCCAGACCAAGGUCACACGAAAUAUCUACAACGUUAAUAGGCACGUGAAAGACUUCUUGGUCAAGAUUGACGAGCAGAGAGCAUUGAUCAACGAGCUUCAAGCUCAGCAGAAGGACGGCGAGGCUGCAGCGUAUGUCAAAUUCAAGAAACAGAGCGAAAAGCGGGAUGGAAUCGUUCGUGAGGGCGUCAUAAGAAUCCGCGCCUCAUUCGAUAACGCUUCCCAAGAAAGAAAAGAAAAGAUCAAUGAUAUGAAGAAACUCCGUCAACUCCAACGCCGAAUAUCGGUGUUAUCUUCUUGGGUUGCGGCUUUUGAUGCUAUCUGCGACUCACGCGAAGAUGAGGAAAUGGCUCCAAGUCUCAUGGCAAUGCGAAAAACUGCCCAGGGUAUUCUUCUUGAACUUGAAAAUAGCAGACAACAUUACCACCAGCGACUCGACAAGUGCAACUGGGAGCGAGCAAUUGAUUCGGCGCUUCAAAACAGUAUCAAGCAACUCACAAAAGUGGAUGGAUCUGAAGGGGCUGAUGCUGCAAACUUGACUAGAGAAGCUGAACUCCUCAAGUCGAAUGCAGGAGCGCAGGCUUUACGGGAAGUAUUGGAGCAAGAGAAGGUUGGUGAUGCGGACGUUAUGCAAGUGCUGCUUUCUGCACAAUUCGACAUGAUUUCUUCUCUUCAUGAUAUAAUGAGUAUGACUGAGGAGGAUGCGAUCAAGCAUGCCAAGGCAAUCCUAGGGCGUUUGCUACAAACCUGCUCUACCUCUGUAGCCGAAAUCGUCAAACCCGAUGGAUCUUUAAAUGUGACUGAAAAGUUCCCACCAACAAAGCGCGGCACGCCGAAGCGCAAGAAGCAGGCCAAUCUUCUAGAUACGCAGGCCCAACCAAUUCCAAUAAUGCCAUCACUUGCGGCAGCCGCUCCUCAAGUCUUUGCAUCUCCAAUGAAGUCUUCCCCCAAACGAAGAAAGGCCGCAUUGGGAAAGAAAGGCGUUGCGUUCACCCCUAAGAAGAAGUCACCAUCAAAGCAACGAAGUGUCAGGUGGCGGGAUGACACAGAUAUGGGUGCUCUGGCAGAAUUUGAGAAAACACCACAGAAGCCCGUCUCACCAGAAGUAUCAUCGGCCGAAAAGAGCAUUCCCGUACCAGCUCUGCCCUCGUAUCUAGUCGCGGAUGUUUCAAAUGACUCUCUCGACUCAUCUCCUAUUCCCACUGCACCGCAGUCAUCAAUUGACAUUAAACCCAAGGCAAAUCGAUUUCAGGCUGGAUUCCUGUCCAAAAAGACAGAUGGGUCACCUCCGCCUCCACCAAAGAUGACACGGCUUUCCUCUUCCGAUACAGAAACGUCGCCGUUGCGCACAAUUGAUGGAGGAUAUGCUGCGAACCGAUCUCCACUGCACUUUGUUCAUACGAUGGGAAACAGUUCGACAGGUACGGAUGGCGGGAACAACUCCUCUUCAGAAGGCGAAAAUAGCUUUCAGAUGGAUCGAUCCGAGAGCGCAAAGAUAGGAAGAGCACUGAAGAGAGCCGGAUCUGUUUCUCGCACGUCGAAUGACACAAUCAGCCGAGCUCAUCGUCGAAGAAGUCCUACUGCGGCCACUAUGGCAGGAUCACCCCCAAACGAAAACAUGUUUACUGCUAGUCAUGCUCGAAGAAUGGUGAAGAGUGAUAAGGAAGGUCCCUUUCAUUCUAACAUUUUGAGUCCUCGAACACAACCUGUGGUCAAGAACAAUCGUCGCACCACCAUAGCUGAGCCUCGUGCUAUCAGUGGCAAUAUUCCACUUGCAGCUGUUCGAGUCCCGAGUGGUACCCAAAAGCCCAGGUAGAGUGUUGCCGGCGUUAUGGGCAAAGGCGGAUGGCGUUAAUAAAGUCGUAUUAAUAUCGAAAUUGUGGGAUUAGGUGGUUUCAGUCUUGAAAUAUGGUUUUUAUUUUACAUUGCAUAGGCACGGCUACAUUAUGAUAAUGAUUCUACUUUUCUGUAGAUUUUUCUGGCUUGCAGAUUCGCCUUACUGUAGGAAAGGUAGUACGGCGUCCAGAGUGUGGCGUUAGCAAAUGAGGAUUGUUGCAUAGCCAGGCUUUUGGGGAGACUUGGUUGUAUUUUAGUCUCUUUUUGUGAAUUUAAAAUUCUA